UAUCAGAAACACACACGUUGUACUUGCUCGUUAUUGUAUAUUCAAAGUAUAUAGUUUGUUACGAGAGGGAGAAGUGGCUUGUUGGUAUAACCUCGGUGGCCACGAAAAUGAGUCACUAUUAUAACGAUCCUGUUUCCCAUUUAACAUAAAAAAACACACCCAUAAUACACAUUAGACCUUAACUCCAAAUAUAACUUGAUUACGCCACCUGGGGUGUAGUUGUUUACGUCAUUUAAUAACAGCUUUGCUAUACAGGUCCGCUUAGCCCCUGGCGUUUUAACGAAAGCGUCAAUAUUUCCCGUAGCUCACUCGCUUUGAUCAAUUUGCCAGAACGCAUUCAUCAAGCUUUACGUAUAUAUUAGAAUAAUUAGAUGGCUGAAAUUAAAUUAUUGCUCGCAACUCUUUGCUGCGUGGUCUGGACUUCGUGUGCUGCUAGCAACUGUUCAGUGGCUUUUUACCCGAUGACCGCUUGCUUAGAUGAUGGAUCGAGGUCGGCGUACAUUCAAUUCGAGGACUGUGUUACAGAAAAUAGCCGAGUUAGAUUUGCGUGGGUCGACAUAGUACCAGUAUCGCAUCGGAAACGACCAACUAACUCUGCUGACCAUGGUUCUGUGAAAUGGUCCGAAAUAUCAAUACCACGGUGGUUUCCAAGAGGCGGUCGAUUGACUGUGUUUUACACAAAAGAUGAGAAUCGCAUGGAAGGUAUCCAGAUGGUAGUACCGAGAUGUCGUAACUGAUUCUUUGGUACAAGUUAUCCGUGAUACUGAUACGAAACAUUCUCUUUGUAAAGAAUAGUUCCAGUGUAAAGAACAGAUCCGAAAAAUUAGAGUACCAUAUGGAGAAUUAAGAUAAACGCACCAUUAGUGAAAAAACAACAAAGACGAUCUGAAUGCUUUGUAUGCCUCGCUUCUAUGAGUGUUAAAAUAAGAAUAUUUAAAAGGCUAAGUUUUACAUUGUAAAUCGAUUGUUGUUUAUUGUUCAACUACGAAUAAUGCAUGUACUCGAUUUUUGCAACAUUUCAUCUGUGAUUUGCGCACCAACUUACCUGUGUUUUUGGAAAAUCAUCGUCGUAUGACAUCACAAUAUUGUAUAAAAUAAAGUUUCAAAAAACGAUU